UUAACCUUUCAAUUAGUUGUUAUCAGGUUCUCUCUGCCUACGCGUGCGUUCAUCUUCCGAAUCAAACAGGACCCCAUUGGAUUUAUCAGGCUACUUUACGCAUAUAUCAUCAGCUUCGCAAAUAAGCAUGUUUUUAUUGCUUAUACGAGGAGCGUGGAGAGAUCGCGCGAGGAACUUAAAGGUGUGACACGAAAGGAUUUUUCAGCAAGUCCUCUGACUUUGGAUUUACAACCACAAAGGAUUUUUUUUUUCUGACAUAGGGGAAAAGAAAUGAAUAGCCAGUCUGAUCUUUGAGGAGUUACAUCAGUCCCAUAUCCUGCUCGGCAUAAUGUACUAAUGGCUGGCUUUUGUUUGAGGAUGCGUAUUGUUUGCUCUUAAAAGAAAAGGAAUGUAUUCAUGGAUCACACCUUAAUGAAACAACUUAUUUCACCAUGGUGAAACUGGCCAAUCCCCUGUACACAGAGUGGAUUCUUGAGGCUAUUCAGAAGAUCAAAAGGCAGAAGCAGCGGCCUUCGGAGGAGCGGAUUUGCCAUACCGUCUCAACCUCACAUGGACUAGACAAGGGCGUCGUACUCCAGCAGCUGGAGCUCUCUGUGAAGGAUGGAUCCAUCCUUAAGGUUACCAGCAAAGGGUGCGCUUCAUACAAAGACCCCGAUAACCCGGGAAGGAUUGGGCCUUUCAAGCUGGGAGGCUCUGGCCCGGUCUCGCUUGGAUCUGUGAUACCUGCUGGAGAUCUGCGUCAUGUGGAUUGGAAUAAAAUCCUUAGGAGGGCUAUCGAAGGUCUGGGCGUCCCGGCUGGCUCCUCUCUAAGGAACAUCGAGAGAUUUCUUAGAAGCCAGGGCGACCUGGUGAAUGUUGUGGUGAACCCCAGGUUUCAGCAGAGACUGAGGCUAGCUGCUAAGCGGGCGGUUAACAACGGGCGGCUGCUCAAGGAUGGGCCGCUCUACAGGAUGAACAGUGGUGGGCUGGGAGGCAAAGCUUGCUUCAGGAGCGUGGUGGUCUUUGGUGUCGACCUCCCACCUGUGACACUACUCCCUCAUGAGAGAGACCGGCCACGUGCUGAUCCCAUACCCAUAUGCAGCUUUUGUUUGGGCACAAAGGAGUCCAAUCGAGACAAGAGGCCAGAGGAGCUGCUGUCCUGUGCUGAUUGUGGGAGUAGUGGCCAUCCAUCAUGCCUGAAGUUCUCCGCUGAUUUGACUGCAAAUGUCAAGGCCCUGCGAUGGCAAUGCAUCUUAAUUUUACAAGAGCCUUCAGUGCUGAAUAGGAUGAGAAGGCUGAAGCCAUGUCAGGAAAAGAGCACCCCACACAACUUCAAAGCCAUUUAUUCAGUGCUUCCUUGUUGUGGCGGUCCGGGAUCCGUUGAGCUGUCUGAAAAAGCACGGCAUGGUAGGGGUUCCAUAAGCACUUUCUGUACCCCACCCUCAUCAAGCACCUUUAUACCCACCACAGACGGCAGGAGUCUCACUGACUCCCUCACAUCCACACCCACCCUCACUACGCUGCCCCCAAUCAACAAGAAAACCAAAGGUCUCAUUGACGGGCUUUCCAAAUUUUUCACACCAUCGCCCUUGGGUCGCCGGUUGCGCGGUGAGGCGUCGGGCUCCUCGAAACAGCACAGGCCGAGGAAACGGGGCUUUCGGAAAUGCCAUGGCAGCGUGACGAUGCCAGGUGUGAGGUUAAACGCCCCGUCUAGCGUUCUCCUUACCCCGUCCCCUUCACAAGGACACAGCCCCAUCUCGCUGAACCCCACCCAGUCGUCCUCGCCCUCCUCCGCCCACUCCCCCCACAGCUCCUCCUCCCAGUCUAGCGGCCCGUCCCUCAGUAGCCUCCCAGGCAACAACCAGCUGAAGGGACUCUUUGAUGGACUGUCUCAUAUCUUUACCACUCAGGGACAGUCCCGGCAAAAGGGACUCCCCAGCUACGCACCGCCCAAACGAGCGCGCCGCAGCCAGGAUGUUUCCACCUCACCCAAAACGUCCCUGCAGCUUCAAGGAAAGAAGUCUGUCAAGGGUUUCGGUAGUAAAUUAGCAUCCCUGUCCGGUUCAGCCUCAGGAUGGGCGCCCAAGCGAGGCCGGCCGUUUAAGUCGGCGCUCCAUUUCAAACGAACACCCUUCUCGAGAAAGCACAAGGUGCUAGGCAGGUUUAGGUUUAAGGCCUCCCCGCAGAGGGAGAACAUCACACCAGGGAAGGGCAGAUUGGCAGACGGAAGAGUAAAACCAGACCCAAACCAUGCCUUGAAUGCCGAGAGAUGCUCAAGAAGAGAACCACAGGAAGGAAGGAUGGCUUCACUCAAUGACCACGUGGCUGAAGAAGAUCUGAAAUUGUUCAGACGCAUCAAGGAGAUCACAGCAAAGAAAGCUGGUGGCGAUCAAGGACAAUCCCCUCCUUUGAUUGAGUUUGGAAAAUAUGAAAUACAAACUUGGUAUUCCUCACCAUACCCUCCAGAAUACUCAAGAUUACCGAAGCUUUAUCUCUGCGAGUUCUGCUUAAAGUACAUGAAAAGCCAAGACAUUCUGCAGAGGCAUUCAAAGAAAUGUGGGUGGUUUCACCCGCCAGCUAAUGAGAUCUACAGGAAGGAUAACCUCUCUGUGUUUGAGGUUGAUGGAAAUAUCAGCAAAAUUUUCUGCCAAAACCUUUGUUUGCUUGCAAAACUUUUUCUGGAUCACAAGACUUUGUAUUACGAUGUGGAGCCUUUUCUCUUCUAUGUUCUAACACAGAAUGAUGAGAAGGGUUGUCAUCUUGUUGGAUACUUCUCAAAGGAAAAGCUUUGCCAGCAGAAGUACAAUGUCUCCUGCAUAAUGAUAUUGCCUCAGUACCAAAGGCAAGGAUUUGGGAGGUUCCUCAUUGAUUUCAGUUACUUACUUUCCAGGCUAGAGGGCCAGGCUGGCUCCCCAGAGAAGCCUCUAUCUGAUCUGGGUCGUCUGUCCUACUUGGCUUAUUGGAAAAGUGUCAUACUGGAGUACCUGCACAACCACCCAGAUAAGAGUGUCAGCAUCAGGGGAAUGAGCCGAGCCACGGGCAUGUGUCCACAUGACAUCGCUACCACACUUCAGCAGCUCAACAUGAUUGAUUUCCAGGAUGGCAGGUUUGCAAUCAUUCGAAGGCAUCAGCUGAUUGAGGAGCAUAUGGAUAGACUGAGAACGAAGCCACGGCUUCAUGAGGUUGAACCUGACUGCCUGAGCUGGACUCCAGUUUCAGUCUGCAGAAGCCCUCCAGGGGAGCUGAAGAGUGCUAUAGCACAGGCAGGAGACCGUCGUGCAGGCUGUAGUGCAUCGACCAGGAAUUUGGCAACGGGGAUGGGCUACACUAGCACAAGACCUCCACUAACCAAGUGCAAGAACUACAGCAGAAGAUACUCAGACCCACUGUUUGCCAGCAGCGCUGGGAAAGAGUUCGAAGUGAGCGAAGAAAGCAGCAGUGAUGACGAUGAUGAUGAUGACGACGAUGAUGAUGAUGGUGAAGACAGUGCAAUCAAAUCCCAGUCUGGGCAGGGGCUCAAGCGAAAGCGGGCUCCAACUCUGCGACGGAAGAGAGGGCGAAGGAGAACACGAAUCAACAGCAGUGUCACGACCGAGACCAUCUCAGAGAGAACAGAGGUGCUAGAUGAGCCAUUUGAAAACUCUGAUGUAGAAAGCCCUCUGCCACAGCCCAGCAGGAGGGGUGGCAGCGAAGAUGAGGAAGAGGAGAAGAGCCAGAGAUUAGCCAUGCGUCGGCCUGGAAGACCAAGGAGAUAUGAAGAUGACAAUCACUCAAAUCAAUCUAAAAAAGAAGGGAAUGUGGAAGCAGUGAAAAAGGACAAUCCUCGACCUCUAAAACGGAAGAAAGGCUGGCCCAAAGGUGUCAAACGAGGCCCUCCCAAAUGGAGACUAAAGGAGCGCAAAAUGGGCUUUAAGCUCAACCUCUACACACCUCCUGAGACGCCAAUAGUCACAGUGGAGCAGGAGCAGGAAGAGGAGCAGGAUGCCAGCCCUGCCUCCUUCUCAGGACCAUGCGAGUCCAUUAGAGAACCCAGACCAGAGGACCCAGAGCUGGACCCCUCCGAUUCAGAGCCCCACAGUCCCGAGCCACCCGAGUCUCACAAAGCAAAUGAGAAUGAGCCGACAGACAAAUCUGACACGGUAGAAAAUUCACCCUGUGCUGAUGAGACCAGUGAGACAAAAUCAGGUCCAAUAGAUGAUUCUGAAGAGUCAACUCAAAAUACAGAGGAAGUCAAAGACCUGAAGCCAGAGGGUGAAGCAGAAGGCAGGGUUUGUAAGGGCUCAGGUGAACGAGAUGAAGAAGAGGAUGAGGAAGAAGAGCCAGAACCAUCUCAUGUGGACGAUCAUGAUGCGGACGAUGAAGAUGACAGCCAUGAGCAGAGAAUAGACGACCCUGUGCCACUACCAGAAAAAGACCUUACGGAAGACCCAGAGCCAGUUCCAACUCCUAGUAAUAACAAUAAAAAUCCUGACAUUCAGCCGAGCCCUGUGGACCCACCGCCUCAUUGCUCAGAGGAGCUUGCGUUUGAAAGCACUCUCGUGAGCUUGGGCAUGCAACAGGGUGACACUGUGGACUCAGAUCACCCUCCAGACUCCGAAACCGAGGAAGAGGAUAAGAGUCAGAGGCCUGAAGAAAAGCAUAUGGGCCCACUGACCCCGGCAAUAAAAGAGGACCAUAACAUUUGCCCUGAGCUUGACAUGGAGACGGCCCAAGCAGUGCAGUCUCUGACUCAAGAGUCUGAGCAGGAGAGGCACUUUCAAGAUUGCGCGGAGACUCAGGAGGCCUGCCACAGCCUACAGCGGUAUGUUCACGUUGAGCAGAGCCCUCAGAUGACUCCCGUGGACGACUGCCAGCAGUCCGAUCACAGCAGUCCUCUGUCUUCUGUCCAUUCUCACCCGAGUCAAUCUGUACGAUCAGUCAACAGUCCAGCGGUGUCCAUUUUAGAAAGUGGCUACACGCAGAUCAGCCCCGAUCAGGGCACCGUCUCGGUGCACUCGCUUCAUAACAACAUGGAGACUAGCCCAAUAAUGGAUGUGCCCUCGGUGUCGGACCACUCUCAGCAGGUGGUGGACAGUGGCUUCAGUGACCUAGGUAGCAUCGAGAGCACCACAGAGAAUUACGAGAAUCCCAGCAGUUAUGACUCCACGCUGGGUAACAGCAUUUGUGGCACGGGAGCAGGAGCGGGCGCCUCCUCCCAGAGCAGCUGUUCCUAUGGCAACCUCUCCUCCGGUGGCAGCCACAGUCAGAGCAGCUGUGCUGUGUCCCAGCAGAUGGCUGGUCCUGUGGCGAACAAUACUGGCGCUUGCAGCAUGCUCCAGCAAACCAGCAUGAGCUCCCCUCAGGGAUGCAGUGUGAAGUCUCCGCAAGGCUGUGUGCCGGAGAGGCAGCCCAGCCAUCCACACGGACACGGCCACGGGCAUAGCCACAGUCACCACCACAGCCAUCACCCGCACCAUCAACAUCACCAACACCCACAACACCAGUACCAGCAGCCUCUGUCGCACUGCUCCAUGCCGGCCAGCUUCCCUCCACCCAUGCAGCUGCCCAACAUCCCAGAGUCCAACAACCCAUCCGGCAACCUGGGCCUGUAUGACCGAAUGGGCCAGGGAGAGUAUGGAGGUGGACACUACGGUCAGCACUCAGCUACAUUCAGCCUGCAUAAGCUACAACAGCUCACCAAUACCAUCAUGGACCAAUCCUUGCCCUUCAGCCAUUCUGCCUCGCACUCUAUCUCAUCCUAUGCAAACAACAACGGCUCGUUGUCCACGCAGCUCGGCCCUCACAAUCCCGCGCUGGUGUCGCUGUCGCAACCUGGCGGAGGCCCUCAGUCGCAGGCUACCGUGACUCCUCCGCCCAACAUGACUCCACCGCCCAUGAUGUUGCAGCGCAACAUGGCUACACCCAACAUGAACCUGGCCCAGCCUCAGAGACUGCAGACACAAAUGGCCCCCAAGAAUCACCACCACCACCACCACCCCGUGUCCAUCCGCUCCAAAUCGGCCCCUCUGCCGCCCCACCACCAGCAGCAGAUGUACGGUAGGGGUCCUCAGACUGUGGCCAUGCAGGCUCCCGGGAGGACGCUGGCUAUGCCGCCGCGGAUGAACAUGGGGGUGAACCUCAUGCCCGCUCCGGCUUACAACGUCAACUCGAUGAACGUGAACGUCAAUAUGGCGAUGAACACUUACAGAGUGACGCAGCCCAUGAUGAACGGGGGCUACCAUGGCAAUCCUACCUAUAUGAAUCAAUCUCCACAGUACUCUAUGCAGAUGGGCAUGAUGGGUACUCAGCCUUACCCACAGCAGCCCAUGCAGGCCCCUCCCCAUGGCAAUAUGAUGUACAGCCCAGCAGGUCAUCAUGGUUAUGUGAACACUGGCAUGUCCAAACAACCCUUAAAUGGGCCUUACAUGAGACGAUAAUCAACGACCUGAAAGUGAAGGGUCGUGACGUUGCAAAGUCAGCUAGUUGACUUGAGGUAUUUAGUUUGUUCUUAUUUUCAUGGUUAAUGUUCGCUUUUAUGGAUCUUUCUGAAAGAACCAGCACUUGGUAAGAAUGCAAAAAAAAAAAAAAUUGUUUAUUGGCUAAAUUUUAGCUUUUCUCCCCUGAUUAUGGGAAGCCUUACAGCAUAAGAUUUAAAAUGUAACAUUUGUGUAAGCGUAAAUCUCCCCCAAACUGCAUUGCAGUUGAAUGGAGGUUACAUUUUCUUUAAGUUGGAACCUGCAUUAUGGAACCUUUAAAUGUGCCUGCAUUGUAUGUUUUUUGGACAAAAGAGCCUUUUCAAUGUACCUUUAGCAAUCGCAAGGUUAUAUAUGUAAGUCUGUACUCAUGCCUUCCUAUUAUUUAAAUUAUUGUAAAUCUACUUUUAUAUUUUUUUAAAUGUAAGGUUAUACUUAGCAUGCUAUAACGUCUUUGUUAGUGACAGUGCAUCAAAGUAGUACUGUACAGUGUUGUGCUUAAUAGCAAGCAAUUUUAUAUUAAAUGUAUGGCCUUGGUUAGGUUUCCCUCGUACGGAAGGAAAAAUUAAACUCUAUUUUUGUUGAUUCUAAUACUGUAAAGAUUUGAAAACAUCGAAAAUCACGUUCGCUUGGAAGGUUCUAUUGCUAAUUGUGUAUAAUUUGUUACUUGAUAACAAGUUUCUUUACCUGAGGCAGCUUUCUGUUUUUAUACAAUUUAAAGCAAUUUCUGUCACAAUAGCAAAGAACAGUCAAUGUCAGUAU